CCUGGAGAACCAUGGCAAUCAUUUUUCGUCGUCACCCCGCAGAUGAAUGUGGCUUUGGGCAGGUGCAGCUUCGAUUUCGGAAACAUACCCACCUGUCUCAAGAGAUGAACGUAUCGAAGAAAUGCUGUUCCAUGAACAUAUAACUCCUCUUUGCCUCUGGAGUUUCACUAUUAUGAUCAGACCAAAUCAGGUUUCAAUAUCGAGAUACAAGAUUACAAGCAACAUUUGGACUUUCGUCUACCAGCACCACACGGCUUCGACUAUCAAUUCGACGCAUCCAAGCUCCUAUCGCUGCCAUGGCAUACUCAGGCAAAGCCGAAUUGGCCACCAUUGAAAACAUCCACGAUCACGAUGAUCGAAAAGAGAUCCCAAUAAUAUCCAAUCUGCCCCUUUCUCUACAGAACAAAAGUCCAGAGCAGCUGGCCACAUUCAAGAAAGCGAUGGUCAGAAAGAUUGACAUGCGCUUGAUGCCUAUGUUGAUCAUUUUGUUCCUCCUCAAUAUCCUUGACCGCAACAACUUCACAAACGCCCGUCUUGGCGGUCUCGAAGACGACAUCGGACUUACUGAUCAUCAAUACAACACUGCUCUCAUGAUCAUGUACGUCGGGUACUUGCUGUUCCAGUUUCCCAGCAAUGUCAUCCUAUCACGGUUCCCACGACCGGGAAUUUAUCUUGGUGUGGCUGCUGUGGUAUGGGGAACAGUCUCGGCCUGCAUGGCUGCUGUCCAUUCCUACGGCAGUGUAAUCGCUAUUCGCUUCUUUCUAGGCUUUGCUGAAGCCCCGUUCUUUCCUGGCGCUCUCUUGAUGCUCACAUCUUGGUACGUUCGGUCUGAGCUACCUUUUCGGAUCGCCAUCCUUUAUGCAGGAAACACGCUGUCGAACUGUUUUGGUGGACUCAUUGCUGCUGGUGUCUUGGGAGGCAUGGAAGGCGUGCUAGGACUUCGAGCAUGGAGAUGGCUCUUCAUACUAGAAGGAUGCGUUACGGUUGUAGUUGCAUUGAUUGCAGUGCUUAUUCUUCCUAAUUACCCCAAAAAGGCGAAAUGGCUCACUGAUGAGGAGCGCGAAUAUGCCAUCUGGAGAAUAGCUGACGAAGCUGCUGGUCAAGAAGACGGCGAAGAUGGAGAGUCGAUCUGGGUUGGUGCUAUCCAAGCACUCAAGGACCCUAAAGUGUACAUGUUGAUCCUAUUACAAUUCUCUCUGCUCGUGGGCAUGGCAUAUACGUACUUUUUCCCUUCAAUCGUCAGCACACUCGGAUACAACAAGGUCACCACUCUCUUACUCACAGCGCCCCCUUAUGCACUAGCUUUCUUCACGUCACUCGGCAAUUCUCUACACUCUGGGAAAACAAACGAACGAGCUUUCCACAUCGCCUUGCCGCUCUCCAUAUCCAUGCUGGGUAAUAUACUUUGCAUCACGCUGACGCACACUGCUGGACGCUAUGCCAGCAUGUUCUUGAUGACAAUGGGCGUGUAUUCCGCAUUUAACGUUACUCUUUCCUGGGUUUCAAGCACGAUCCCAAGACCAAAGUCGAAACGAGCCGCUGCGCUUGCCAUGGUCAAUUCCCUCGCCAAUUGCACUCACCUCUUCACCAGUUACCUGUAUCCAAAUUCCGCAAAGCCCCGCUAUAUCACUGCUGGUAUCACGCUUUCGCUCUUCUGUGGUCUUUGUGCCGCAACGGCGAUGGUACUCCGCUUCUGGCUACGAUAUGAAAAUCGCAAGAUGGACAAGGCGGAGGCGGUUAGGACUGGUGAUGAGGAAAUUGUCGGUGGUAGAGAAAAGGGAUUUAGGUAUUUGUUGUAAUGGGAUGGUCCAGGUUCAGUGGAGCUUAAAAUCUGGACAAUGAGCUCCAGUUCUCACAGUAUCCGUAGUACUUUCAAGGGAAUUUGUUGAAAAGGCGAACACUUUGCCAGGUACCAUUGUGACAUAUGUCGUCCGGAAAAUCUCGAAUAAGAAGGUGGUGAAGAAAGUCAACAUAAACUAUCCGUAUAUUCAUUCAGG